AUGAUAUUUCACUUAGACGAAGAACUUGCCAAAGGGCAAAACAUAAAUGAGGUAAAAAAUAUUCCAACAAGAUAUUUAGAUCAUUUGGAUUCUGCUCUGACUGAGAACGAAACUAGUAUUUUGCUAUCAAAGAAAAAUGACAACUAUCUUCAAAUUCCAAAUGACCAAGCUAUAUUAAGUGACUCGAACGAAGAUAAUAUGGUGGAGUAUAAAAGAAGCCAAGAUAAGGAGAGAGUGAGAAGGAGAUCUUCCUUAAUAGCUAAGUUUUCAGCUGCAUCUCCACCUUUCACUAGCAGGCUAAGCAUUUUAAAUAAUGGAUCAUCUAUACCUAAGGGUGAAUUGUUUGGUGACAAAAUGUCAGGAACUCAUUACUAUAAUACUUUACAAGAAGAGGGCCAAAAUGUACAGUUCAUUGAUAAAAUCCCUGAUCAGCAUGAUUUAGGAACUACUAGAACUCUCUAUGACUUUAAACCUGUUAGAGUCUUAGGUAAAGGUGCUUAUGGGAAAGUUAUUCUUGUUAAGGAUAAAUACACAAGUAAACUAUAUGCCAUGAAACAGUUGAGAAAGGCAGAAAUUUUAAUUAAUGAUACUUCAAAUAAUAACCAGGAACAAAAAGAAAAUGUAGAGAAUACUGGUGAAAAUGAAGAAAAUACAAUAUUGGCCAAAAGAAUUGAAAGAACUUUUGCGGAGAGAACAAUUUUGUCUGAACUUGAACACCCAAACAUUGUUAAAUUGUUUUAUAGUUUUCGUGAUGACAGUAAAUUAUAUUUAUUAUUACAAUAUAUUCCUGGUGGUGAACUAUUCUAUCAUUUGAAGGAGCAAGGUACUUUAGACGAGGAUACCGUUGCCUUUUAUGCUGCAGAGAUAAGUUGUGCCCUUAAAUUCUUGCAUGAAAAGGGUAUUGUUUAUAGGGAUUUGAAGCCAGAAAAUUGCUUAUUAAACGAAAAAGGCCAUCUAGUGCUAACUGAUUUCGGUUUAAGCAAAAAGAGUUUAUCAGAAUCACGUACACCAUCUGCCGUUGACCUUAAGGCGAAGUUGAUUUCAAAUGAAGAUUAUAGUAUUGUUAGUGAGGAAGAAGAUGUGGUCGCAUUACAUUCAAUUAUUGGAACUCCAGAAUACUGUGCACCUGAAAUUUUAAUGGGCCAACCAUACACUCAAAAUUGUGAUUGGUAUUCUUUAGGAUGUUUAAUAUAUGAUAUGUUAGUUGGGAAGCCACCAUUUACUGGUAAUAAUCACAAAGUAAUUCUAAAUAAGAUUCAAAAAGAAAAAGUUGGGCCAAAGAUCCCAUAUUAUCUGAGUGACGGCAUGAAAGACAUGCUAGGCGCAUUGUUAAAGAAAGAUAAUUCCAAAAGAUGGAAUGUUGAUAAAUAUUGGAAAGAAGAAAAGAAACGGGAUUUGUCAAAUCGUGGUAAAAAUAAUAAUAAAAAGAAAAAAAACUCAGAAAGAGCUUCAAUUUUCCAAGCACAUUUUAUCUUUAGAAAAAUUAAUUGGGAGGAACUAGAAAAGGGUAAUUUACAAAAUACUAUUGGCCCUAUAUUACCAGUUAUUACAGAUUGGGAAUUAGCAGAGAAUUUUGAUAGUGAGUUUACAAAUAUGGAGUAUAGUUUUGAUGAUCACGCUAUUAAUAUUAAUGAUAUCGAUGAAAGAGAUAAUUUUAUAACAAAUGGUAAUACUCAUUCUAGUUCUAAAAAUAUAGAUAUUCGUGUAGGAAGUGGUACAACUUUGAGUAAUUUUAAUGGAAGUAGUACAACACUAAACAUGGAUAUUAUGAAUGGCACUAAUGCAUUCAGCAGAAACGGGUCAAAUAAUAAUACUGAUAGAAAUACUGGAGAUAUGUUCAAGGGAUUUAGUUAUUCAGCUAACGCCAGUUAUUUAGAAAGGUAUUUUUAG